AUGACCGUGCUACUCAUCCUGAUUUAUUUGGAUCUGCUUUUUGGUUCAACUGGUGAAAAUAUGGAUUUAGAUUUACACGUUGAUCGAGAAAAUUGGCUUGAUCCGAAUGAUCCUUUUUCACCAUCUUCAUUCUGCACCAAAAACACUCUUGAUCAGUUGGCCGUCUGUCAAGCGAAUUUGAAGGGAUGUGUGAAAGGUAGCAAAAAGACUGUUCAAGAAAUUUCAGUUGAAAGUCAUGUUGAAGGUCAUUAUAUUCAGGAUUCGACGCUGAAACAUAUUGUACGGAAUUUCUUACAUCGUAUGGAUGUUGACAUUGAUAAGACAAAGCGCGUUGAUCGAAUUGUAGAGGUAUAUUUAGAUGGCGACAGUUUGGCUGUUUUGAAGAAGUAUUUGAAUUCAAAGGAUGAAACAAUCACCGUGCGCGAGCAAGUUCGUGAAGUUCUGGAAAGAAUGAUUGUUCUGGCGAAUAUUGCAGCUAGGAUGUCACGUGCUGAAAAGUCAGUUGCUGAAAAAUGUAAAGCAAAUAAUUUCUUCUCCACUGCUAUCAAUAUGGUAUCGGGAUUAUUUGUCUUCAAAGGAGAAGACGAAUGUGAACAGCAUUACAAGGAUCUAUAUGUUAAUCCUAUAUAUGAAAUUUCACUCUUGGAUGUGAUUUGCGAGGUCCUGUCAAAUUUUAUAUUCACUUCUCUCGGUGUAUUUGGACGUCAUUUCAAUAUUUUUUUAAAUGAAUUUCUUCGUGAUUCUCCGCUGCACUUUAUUGUUGUGAAAACAAUAACUUUGCUUUUCCUCAUAGUUCUAUUUCUUUUUUGGCUUGGAGGCUAUCGAUUACGUACUUUCAUGGCUACGAUUGAACCAACUGAUACCACUCAUGCAAUGUCACAAAUACUGCAGACAGUCGAUCAUUGGUCUAACGAGGAAAGACCGAAAACAGACACUUCAAAAUCGACAAUUCUGCGAAUUGGUCUAAAACCAGUUCGUAAUACAGUUUCGAGUAACAGGCGCCGUUCACUGAGUACAUCUCGUUUAAGCCAGACGAAUUUAUAUGAAACCUUAGAUCGUUUGAUGAGGGCGUCAUCUUGUCUGUCCCAUCGAUAUCCUUGGAGGGAAUUGAUUGGCUCUACUGCUGUUGCUGUUGCUAAUUCGAGCCUUCAUCAUAUUACUAACACUGCUCGUUCACAACUCUGA